UGUGCAUUGGGAUCUACGACCAAGUGACCUCACUUGAUUUAAGACAUAUUAAUUGUGCGGUGGAUUUUAAUAAUCUAUUAAUGAAGCAAAUAUUUAUUUUUUGUUUGUCUCAAGUGAUCUAAAUAUUUACAAACUGACCGUGGAUUAUUGAUUCCGAUGUUGUGAGAAUACUGUAGUGUUUACGGAUAUCUUCCGGUACCUUGAGUGAUUCAGUGUUGGACAAUACUGUCGAAAAGUUGUUGAUUGUUAAUGUUAUUGUUGUUAAAUUUUGAAGUUCCGAGCAAUGAUCAAGACUGAGGAACAUGCGGACUCUAGCACCGUGGGUGUAUCAGGUGGCUAUCACUAUCGCAACAUUUCCUCUAAUAUUGUGGUGGCUACUCCGCAUAUUAUCGAGAAUCCUGCACUCCAACAAAGUAUGGAUGAUAAAAUGAUUAUGAAUCACUAUCACUAUCAUGGAGCGAUAAGCUCAUCACAAAUCGACGUUAAGAACGAGAUGGAUGACCGGAACUCGCCGGCAUAUCAGAUCAAUGAUGUAAAAAUGGAAACGGAUAAGAUACCUUCGAUGUACCAUCACUUUGACAAAAUAUCUUCGUAUUACAUCAACCGAUCACCCUAUCUUAUCUCUCAGGUGAAUGACGAUGUGGAAUUCACCGAACCCCGCACGUCUUACCUGUCUCAGCUAGACAAUUCUAUUACUGCGAUGAAAUUGUCGGAGUCCCAACUUAUCAACUAUCAAGCCAUACCACAGGGGGAUUUGGCUAGCUUGCAACGCUGUCGUAGCAAUGGCAGUAGUGGAGGGCACGUAUCGCCUACUUCGUCGAUCAAUCCGGUUUCCAUAUCGACACAUAACAAUGUCCAUUCGAUCGCCAGCAGCACCAGUGGUGGACAGAUCACCAUAAAUCAAAGCUCGAUGCUACAAAAAUCCCCUUCUGCAUCCCCGAUAACACCGGCGGCAUCGCCUACUUUGUCCAGUUCAUCUCAGUCGGCAGUAGUAAGCGGAGGCAAUUGUGCAGGCGCACAGAAGAAACCAUCCGGUGGGAAUGGCGGUGGAGAGCAACAACUGACCAGUACUACUGGGUCUGGAGAACCAACGGGUCCGAAAAAGGCUAAUGGAGGACGACGGCAGGAGAAACCACAGCUCAGUUACAUUAAUAUGAUUGUCAUGGCGAUCAAGGACUCACCGCAUCGACGAAGAACACUUAGCGAAAUUUACAAAUAUUUGCAAUCGAAAUACGACUUCUUCAACGGAGAAUAUAACGGUUGGAAAAACUCCGUUCGGCACAACUUGAGCCUGAAUGAGUGUUUCAAAAAACUACCCAAAGAAUGCGGGAAACCAGGCAAAGGUCACUACUGGACUAUCGACUCCUCGGCCGAGUACAUGUUCGAGGACGAAGGCAGCUUACGAAGGCGACCUCGUGGUUUUCGGCGAAAGCAACAACUGAAAGCCUACACCGGUGGAAGUGCAUUUUAUCCAGCAGGGUCCACCGGUUACGAAAUAACGGUGCCGGACCUACAAAGUAGCUACAUCUCGCAACCGUACGCAUCGUACGAAUAUCCGAACAGCAACGGACAGGCAUUUACCGAUUCCUGGCAUUAUUCAUCGGAGGGACUGAGCCAGUACUCGAAAAUCACUCACACGUCCCUUCAUGACUCUCAACCGCCGGCGUCUCCCGGACAGCAAAAUCAGAGCUCGAGCAUGUUGGAUUACGGCAAUUACUCGUUCACUGCCAGCCACUACAGUAUCGAUAACGGUCUAAAAAUGGCAUCACUAUCACAGAUGCCACCUCCACCGCCAUCGACGAUUGGACCGGUAUCAGCGACACAUUCACCAUCAUCAGCAGCACCCGGUAGUAAUGGGACGGUUGGGACAAUGGCGACCAAUGGCAGCUCCAACGGAAUGGGAAUGGACUGCAGUAAAGUGGUAACCGGUUACUCCGGUUCUGCGCUGGGAAGCCAUUCUGCUAUGCUGGGUCCACAGCAAUUGCAUCAUCAUCAUCACCAUCAUCCCCAUCACAGUGGAACCAGCAACGGACUGGGGUUGAAUACGGUUCUGACCGCGAACGUGCAGUAUGAUCAUGGGAAAUAUUCCAAUUGAUUGGGGAAGACAAUUAAAGUAAAGGGACAGGAUUUCAUAAAAAAGGCAUGUUCGACUACUUCAACAGUACUAAUAGGAUAGCAAAUAGAGUAAUACUCGCGUGA